GCCAGGUGUUCUUUCUUUCUGUUGCUCUCGGUGACACAAACAAAGAAGCACGACUCAACAACUGCUAGCACAAUACAACUGCGCCAUUGACCUCGGCUUCCUCGUAAGGGUUAGUGCUCCGUCUUCUAUCUUUGCUCCUGCGGUGCGUGGAUAUAAUACUCAUGAUUCGAUGUCGCUAGUUCUUUCGCGUCAAAAAACAUCUUCGUAGCCUCGUUCUUAGUGUGUCUCUACCGUUCGUUACGUAUCUUCAACAUACGAAUUCAUUCUCAAAAGCCUUACUCGUACUCCUAAAACCUCGCCCGCCAGCAAGUAAAACUAAGUACAAAUGUCUGCAAAACGAACACUAACAUCACCUUCAAUGACAAGAAGUAUUGUCAUGAGCCUCCAGCACUUGUAUUUCUAUUUUCGCAAGAUGAAGGGCAUGGGUAAAGCAGCAAACGCACUAGUUGUUUCAUUUCUGUUUGUGUUUCUCAACACAUCGUUGGAUCGUGUUGGUUGGUACCAACCGGCUUCUGCGAUUAGAAGUGCUGUUUCAUCUUCAGACGAAUCACAGCACCGGGGACAACGUGAUGGCAGCUUGCGGAUCAUGCGAAAAAGAAGCCGGCGAGAGCGUGAAGGUGAUUCAGCAUCUACUGCGCACCAGGGUGCCUUGGCUGCGACACAGGGGUCCUGGUUUUGGGACAGCAACACGGAGAGUUGGAUCUGGCGUUCUAAAAGAGGGCACCAUCACGAAGGACCUCAACCUCGACAAAAAUGCGCACGACAACGACUUGAAGAGUUUGCGCUCAACACGAGCAGACGCAGACCUAGCGCGCUUGGUCGGACAGGCAAAGCAGCUCAGAGAUUUCGCCAUGGUGCCGGUGCGGCCUCGCUCGGUUCCGUGGCGCACCCAGGUAAUGGCAAUGACCCGCACCAGCAGCAGCUGCAUAACUGCCAAGAUCGAGCGGCUUUUUACAUGAUUGCAGGCCCUGAUGUAGUGAGCAAGUUGGAACCAGCUGUCGUCUCGCGCGCCGAUGUUGCAGCAGGCCUUCGUCAUGCAUGCCGAGGUGCUGGGGACGAUGGUGAAGGCGUUCUUGAAGCGUCAAUCGAAUCGUCCACAACAGCUUGUUCGCCGGGCUGUGUAACGGAGGCGUCGGAGGAUUUUUUUGUUUCGGACGACCACGAGAGUGCCGAGGAUCAGGAUGUGAAGAAGAAAGCUGCUGUUCCACGACAUGGACGUCCUCUACCAAGAACCGCUGGUGAUCCUGCUGCUGCGACGAGGACCAGACCUCUGGUUGUACUAGACGACAAACCUCCUGGACGAGGUGGAGAGGAUACCGCAGCAGGGAGAGAGAGUACCCCAACCGCACCUGCUGCUGUUGUAGGAGACGAGGGACUGCUGGGCCGGCUGCCUCUGGUCGCGACAUUGAUGUCUUGCCAUCGGAGCUCCUUCGCAAGAGGGAACGGCGAUGACGAUUUCUCGACUCGUCCUUCGCGUUGUUCCGCAAUGAGUUCUUUCCCGCAAGGGCGGGGAGGCAAUGGGAAUAGAAAUGCGAAUAUGUCCGUACCACCAGUGGUAUUUUCACGACCUACUCAUACUCUACACUGUAGUCUAACCUCCGCCUCCGCGCCGCAGUGUGCAAACACAAAGACGCCGACAGCGUCAUGCAAGGGGUGGCAUAGUACUAGUCGUGGGCCGAUACGACCCCGAUUCCACAGACCUAGGAGAGGACAAUUUCUUUGGCCCGGAGCGAAAAAACAGAACGAGAAGCAGAAACAAGGCGGGCCCAAGGCCUUGUCGGCGUUCCGGCAGCGCGCGUCGCUUCUUCGCGCAUGUGUCGCCAAAGCCUACACGAAAACUCGAAUCCGACUAAGCGGGGUGAAGAAGGCGUACUUGCGGCCGCUGUGUGCUGCUGCGGUGGAGCUCGUUUUCUCGGAGGCCUGCAGCUACGCGUUCCUGGAGCAGGUGUUGGGCCGACCAGAAACGUAUUGCGGACGGUUCUGCGCCAGCUGUCUGGCGCAGCUUCUGCGAACUGUCUUCCGCAGAGUGUAUAGGCGAGCCAUUGUGCCUCUGCUGGAGCAAAGUAGAGAAGGGCAGACCGAAAGUUGUCAGAACGUUUGUUCAUCCUCCUCGUCGCAGCAGCUGCCGCCGCCCGAUGCAAAAGUAGCUACUUUGUCCAGUUCCCUGCAGCUCCACUGCUCCGCUGCACAUGAUCGACGUGGAAGCUGCGUCAGUUGUGAGAACGCUCUGUGUAGCACGAGGUGGGCGAAAAUCUCAAAGACCGACUCGGACCGCGCAACAACUUCUCCUAUGUUGAUGCAACGACACGUCCGUCAUACCGCCGAUGGGGCUGCUGCAGUUGUCUCUCCUCCUCCUGCAUCUUCAUCUGAAGGACCAGGUUCCAUGAGGGUUCCGUCGUUGUGGAAUGGUGUGCCCCUCCGUCGGGUAUCUUGCCCAAUGCGACGCACCUCCGGGACACUCAAUCGAGAUCCUUGUUGCCCCUUGGUCGCGGCACCAGAGAGCAGUUGUAUGGUGCGUAAUUAUAGUUCAGACGGAGCUUGUGCAGAAGGUGGCUUGCUAAGCGCGCGACCGGCAAACGCCGGCGCGCCGCCCCGUGAGAAGGAGAACCAUUGGUCCUGCGCAAGGAUGCCUUUUGGUAGGCCUUCACCGCUUGCGCUUGACGAUGACGUGCCGCUUACUGGUGGGGAUCAUGCGUCCACCUCGGCUGUAACGAAGGGACCGGACCCCCUCGACACGACCUCCACGACAGAAAAACGCGGCGACGGUUCUGACAGUGAGGCCGAAGACGGAAGUACGAGCGGAACUUUUUUGACGCCAAAAACCCUCCCCGAGGUGUGUUCUGAGGUUUGCUGCAACGUCUUACUCCCUGAGAGCAUCGCGGAAGGAGACAGUCUGGCCUCCUCAAUCCUUUCGGAGAUGGCGAGUGCAGCAAUGGAAUCAACUGCGUCUGCAAUGGACGACUUGGUGAAAAGGUCUCAUUUGUGUAAAGUGGUACAGCAAGCAUACAGUGUGGACAAAGCGAGGGCGAGACUUUUGCAACGUCUCCCGAGACCCUUCAAAGCUUUUUAGAGAUAUGCUGCGGUCGUCUUUGCGAGCAAAUACAACAUGCUCUUCUCCGCACAGAAACAGCUCGAUAGCAAAGGUCCGGCUGCAGGUUUUUACUGUAGCUUCAUCACGCAGGGUAAGGAUACAA